AAGACGAGUUCAGGAUGAAGACACAUUGAUUGGUAUUACCUCCUAAAAACAGCUAAAGCUUUGGGUCAUGAGUUCACUUACUGAAUUUGAGUAGUCUGAGCAGUGAAAGGCAGAAGUCAGUUUUAAAAGUGCUGUCUUCCUUGGCUUGUUUGAAGACACUCAAUGUAUGAGGACCAGCACGGAAAGCACAGAGUGAGUGCCUCCUGAUCAGGUGCUACGUACAUCCAUUCUGCGCAGGAAUGGGUGAGGAUUUGCACUGGCUCACAAAGGGCACUGAGUGUUUUCUUGCCUCACAGCCAAGCCCAAGAUUUGGUUCUACCAAGAAGUCAGUCAUUCAGAUAUUUAAUUCUUCUUUUCAGAUUCCCUUAGUUUGCAAAUCAAGCGGAAGUCUUGCAAACUAAGCUUCUGGUAAAGCUUCCACCUUUUGCUGUUGCUUGCCAGCCAGUCUAAGGCACCCCAAAUAGUUCUACAGAAAGAAGGAAGUACCAAUAUAUGCAGGGAUUAGUGUGAUUAACUCUUUUUUUCCCACAACAGUACAGAAAAUUUGACUUGGUUCAUCAUUCUGUCUGUCUUAGUCAACUCAUCAUCUUCCAGCCUUGAACAAACUGCAGGAGUUUUGCUUCCUGACAUUCUCCCAUAAACUCCCUGAUGUUUCUGUUCUUUCUUUCCUCUCCCCAUACGAUCUGGGGAAUUACAGUUCACGUGCUGGUUCAGCAAAUCUUGUAACAGCCUCAUCCUGCAGCUCCUGAAAUCAACAGCGAGGCACUUGUUGAAGAUCAUAGUCUGGUUUGAGAUGCUUUUUUUUAUUAUUUAUUUUGAGGUGAGCUGAGCAAUUCUGGAUGAUCUCAAAAAGUUUAGUCCACCCAGAAGCCUCAGCUUCACGGAUGGGGUUCCCUGUGUGAUGUCCGGGAAAGGUCAGCAGACCAACCGUGUCAGCAACCCUGUUACAAAACCAGGAAAUUCCCAGAAGAAAAAAAAAAAAUGCUACUGUGCGAAGACGACAACUUUUUGCAGACUGGAGGCGAGGUUACGGAGAGCUCCGUGUGACGGUACCUUCCUACAGCCAACCCAAGUCCUGGCGCCGAGCUGAAGGCAGCAGCAGCACCGGAGCCCGGCUUCGCGGGUGCCCCGGGCCUUCAGCUGCCGGUAGCCCCGCACCGGGCCCGGUACAGCACCGAGCCCAGCCCCACACCGGGCCCGGCCCCCCCGGCGGGAGGCGGCGCCCCGAGGAAACGAAACCGCGCCGCGCUUCCGCUCCGCCCCGAGCAGGACCAUGGCUGUCCCAGCGGAGCUCGGUCGGCUGCUGGCAGACGUGGAGCUGAGCUGCUCCUGCUGCCUGCAGUACUUUACCGAGCCCGUGCGGCUGGCGAGCUGCAGCCACAGCUUCUGCCGGUCCUGCAUCGACACCUACUGCAGGGGGAGGCGGCGCGCCCCCUGCCCGCUCUGCCGGGAGGACUUCGAGCCGAAGGACCUGCGGCCCAACCGGGAGCUGGCCGCCCUGGUCAGCCUGGUGCUGGGCGGGGGAAGGGGCGAGGGGCUGGGGGCGUGGGACCAGUCCACAGCCUCUGGAGAUGGUGCCGGCGGUGGAUGCAGCUCUGCGUGGCGGCGACCCGGGGAGAAGGAGGAACAGAUCCGUGACAUCUCUAAGCAACUGGAAAUAACUAAAGAGACCAUCAACGCCUUGAGGAAGGAUCUCAGUAAAACAAAGGAAUAUACAUCUCAGAUCCUAAGCCAGAUUACUGAAGACUUCUGUUGCAUGAAGGAAUACAUUGAAAGACAAGAGGAAAACACACUGAUGUUCAUUGAACAGGAGCAAAGAGCAGCUCGACAGAAGAUUGUGCAGACUAUUCACCAGCUCUGUGUUGAAAAGUACAAACUCAUCGACAUCAAAGCCCAGAUGGAGAAAGGAUUAGAAAGUGAUGAAAUGGAGUGGCAGACUAGUAACUUACUUGAGAGAGGGGGAGGCUCACCUUCAACAAUGCAUAAAUUUACAAUUGAUGAGAAGUUUAAUGUUGUCAGAAGUGCUGUAGGAGAUCUUAAGAGAAAGUUGGAAAUUUUACUUUUGGAGGAAUACCCUCAGCAGUUCCCACCAGCACAAUCUCCAGACUUACACCAAGAGACAAGUGUCUGUUCAUUAUCUUCAGAGUCUGCAGCUAAAAGUCCAGAACCAAGCAUUUCGAGCCAGUUUUCUCGGUGGGCAGAUAAUGUAACUUUUGAUCUCACCACAGCAUAUGACCGCUUAGCAAUCACAGCUCAGAACAGGAAAGUAAUGGUGUCCAGCAACCCAACUUACUAUGAACCAUCACUCAAGAGAUUCUGCAUCAGCCAAGUGUUGUGUUCCCAGGGCUUCUCUACUGGCUGCCACUACUGGGAAGUAAUUACCAAGGACAGUGAUGGAUGGGCUGUUGGAGUUGCUCGUGGAACGAUUGGUAGAAGGGACAGAUUAGGAAGAACAGAGAGUUCCUGGUGCGUAGAAUGGGUAGGUCCCCAAAAGCAGUUGUCAGCAUGGCACAGGAAUCAAGAAACACUAUUACGCAAUGAUAAACCAUUGAAGGUUGGAGUUUUCCUGGAGCUACAGAAGACAGUGUCAUUUUAUGCCAUCACUGACAGAGAAAUGCUUUUGCAUACAUUUGAAAUCAAUAACUCAAAUCCUCUUUAUCCUGCUUUCUGGCUAUACAGUCUAGAUAAAAAUGGAUCUUUAACUAUAAAUCACAUAAACAGGAAGUAAAAUCAAAAAGAUUGCAGAGCUUCUAUGCCAGCUUCAGUGUUUAGCAGAGGAAUUUGCCAAACCACACAGAAGUACUCAGACUUUCCUGGAAUUUAGCAACUGAUACUUUCUUUGCAUGCUUUCCUUCAUGCUCUGCUCUGCUCUAGUCAUACUUAGUUAAAGCAAUUCCAAUGUAUGCUAAAGGCAGUAACCAUUCCUGUGGGAGUGAGAUGGAUUUCUGAAGCAGCUUCAAGCAGUCCCAAGAUGCACCAAGGAAGAAACGGACCAAGGAAAAUCUGAAGCUGGUGAUAUCCCCACAUAUGGCCAUGGACUUCAUCUUCCUACACUGAUCCAAAAAAUAUGGAAGAGAUGAAGCUGUU